AUGAACUCUUACGCUAUUAUUCUUCUUCUCGGCCUCUUGGCCGCCGUUUUGGCUGCCCCACAAGGAUUCGUCAAGAAGACCACCAUCAUUGAGACCGGUCCACGAGGUGGAUUCGGAGGAGGACCAGGACAGUUCGGACGUGGUGGAUUCGGAGGUGGACCAGGAUCCAACUAUGGACCAGGAGGUGGUUUCGGUGGACGCGGAGGAUUCGGAGGUGGCCCAGGAUCCAACUAUGGACCAGGAGGUGGUUUCGGUGGCCGCGGAGGAUUCGGAGGUGGCCCAGGAAAUGGAUUCGGAGGAGGACCAGGAUUCGGACGUGGAGGACCAACCAUCAUCAAGGAGACCAUUAUCCGUGGUGGAAAGUAA